ACCAAACAAUUCUCGGUUGUGCCGCUUCAAGUCACAAACAGUCACCGAUCUUCUACCGGGGAGAUGGAUUGUCGUUUAAUUACUGCGGCGGUUUUUGCCGUCACCUUGUGUUCCAUGAUGGUCGUUGCUUAUUCGGCAGAUGUGAACAACCCGGGGAACGGGUUGCACGUUGGAUUUUACAAACGGAAAUGUCCCAAUUUGGAGAAAAUCGUGAUUGACGUUGUGGCCAAGGCGGUAGAGAAGGACCGAAAGCUUCCUGCUGCUCUCAUUCGCCUCUUCUUCCACGAUUGCUUUGUCAAGGGCUGCGAUGCGUCACUUCUGUUGGAUGUCACACCCUCUGGCGAGCCCGUAGAGAUGCUAUCACCGGCCAGCUUCGGGGUCCGAGGUUUAGAAGUCAUUGAUCAGAUCAAGGCUAGGGUAGAACAGGAGUGCCCGGGAACCGUUUCCUGUGCCGACAUUUUAGCUUUUGCCUCACGGGAAGCUGUGGCUCUGUCCGGUUUGCCUCGUUACGAAGUCCCUGCUGGACGCCGUGACAGCCGCACUUCCCGUGCCUCCGAUGUCAUACUUCCUUCUCCCACAACACCUCUGGACGAGCUCAUAGACUUCUUCUCCAGAAAAGGCUUGAGCCUUGAGGAAAUGGUCGCCUUGUCUGGCGCACACUCCAUCGGCACCGUCCACUGCAGCUUCUUCGAUUACAGGAUGUACAAUUUCGCACCAGGUAAGCCGAAAGACCCUUCACUAAACGAAGUGUUUGCGGCUCAGCUUGCUCAACAGUGCCCUGCACCCAACACAUUGCCCGCGGAGGAGGCUAAAAAGAGGUUUGUUGACUCAGACCCCACGACACCACUCGUCCUGGACAAUCACUACUAUACGAGCCUGAUGCAGGGGAGAGGAUUGAUGGAGUCGGAUCAGGUUCUGGCGAUCGAUCCUCGCACCAGAGGGGUGGUGGCGAAACUGGCUAGGUCUGAUUCUUUUGCUCGGGCAUUUGCAAAUGCCAUGAUUAAGAUGGGGAGAAUCAAUGUUCUCACUGAAGAUCAAGGAGAGAUACGGAAAAAUUGUCGGAAAUUUAUCUAAAUGACUAAGAGCACAUGUUCGCUGAUUGAUUUUCCGUGUAACCUUCGCGAAGAACCGUGUUCUAUUUUUGUAACAAUUACUGUUCUUGUUAACUGACUUAUUUGCU